CUUUUUGGAUAUAGCCGAUGUUGAUCACACUAUUAGGCACUCUGGCUGCUUUUCUCGCAUUCCUAUUGACAUUGAUCUUUGGCCGCGGCCAGAAAAGAUUCAAACCCGUCCAAUCGUCAGCAACAACAUCGGCCACGACAGCAACAACUAGCGAGAGCGACAACGCCAACACCAAUCACAACUCCAGCGUGAUUGCAGCUACAGCAACAACAACUAUUACCAAUCCUUCGGCUGCAGCAGCAACAUCGCCAUCCGAAACCACAUCGGCGAUAAAAACGGGUGAUAAUAGAUUUCCCAAGACCUGUAUCAAAAAAGUCAAGUUCUCCAGCGAAAGUCUCAAGUCCGAGGUGGAGGAUCUGUGCGUACAGUUGAAGGAUAACGCACUGACCGACCUAAGCAACGACCACAUCCGCAUCACCUGCCAUCAGAACAACAAUAAUACCAUCAACAAAAACAAGAACAACAACAGCAUCGAUAUCGACAUCAACAUAAAGAUGAGCGAAACAAAUGAGUCCAAUGACACCGCAAACCAAUCCGCGGAGGGAGAGAGGCCCAGCUUUUUGGUGGGCGACGAGAUCGACGAGAAGGCUGCCGAGGCAGGAGAGGCCUGCGAUGAGUUCCCCCAGAAAAUGCAGAGCGAUGUUCGGCAGAACGGCGAUAUUUCCGAGCGACGCAAGCGGUUAAGGCCGAGCAUGUCGCGUGGCACUGGCCUAGGUCAGGAUCGUCAUCAGGAUCGUGAUUUCCACAUCGCUACCACCGAGGAAUUUGUGAAGCGAUUUGGCGGCACCCGUGUGAUUAAUCGUGUCCUGAUCGCCAACAAUGGUAUCGCGGCCGUCAAGUGCAUGCGUUCCAUCCGAAGAUGGGCCUACGAGAUGUUCAAGAACGAAAGGGCUAUCCGAUUUGUGGUGAUGGUCACGCCAGAGGAUCUAAAGGCGAAUGCCGAAUACAUCAAGAUGGCUGAUCACUAUGUGCCCGUGCCCGGUGGAUCCAACAACAAUAACUACGCCAAUGUUGAGCUCAUUGUGGACAUUGCGCUUCGCACUCAAGUGCAGGCCGUAUGGGCUGGUUGGGGUCAUGCCUCCGAGAACCCGAAGCUGCCAGAGCUCCUCAACAAGGAGGGUUUGGUGUUCCUUGGCCCGCCGGAACGUGCUAUGUGGGCGCUGGGAGACAAGGUAGCCUCCUCUAUUGUCGCCCAGACAGCCGAUAUUCCCACCCUGCCCUGGUCGGGUUCCGACCUGAAGGCCCAGUACAGUGGCAAGAAGAUCAAGAUAUCCAGCGAACUAUUCGCCCGCGGCUGUGUGACCAAUGUUGAACAGGGUCUGGCCGCAGUUAACAAGAUUGGCUUUCCCGUAAUGAUCAAGGCCUCGGAGGGCGGUGGUGGCAAGGGCAUUCGUCGCGUCGACACAGCUGAGGAAUUCCCAGCUCUGUUCCGCCAGGUUCAAGCCGAGGUGCCCGGAUCACCAAUUUUCGUAAUGAAGCUAGCCCGCGGUGCUCGCCACUUGGAGGUACAGCUGCUGGCUGAUCAGUACGGUAAUGCUAUCAGCUUGUUCGGCCGUGAUUGCUCCAUCCAACGUCGCCAUCAAAAGAUUAUUGAGGAAGCCCCUGCCAUUGUGGCUCAGCCAGAAGUGUUUGAGGACAUGGAGAAAGCAGCAGUGCGACUGGCUAAGAUGGUUGGUUAUGUCAGUGCUGGUACCGUGGAAUAUCUUUAUGAUCCGGAGGGUCGUUACUUCUUCCUGGAGCUGAAUCCCCGUCUGCAGGUGGAGCAUCCGUGUACGGAAAUGGUUGCCGAUGUAAAUCUGCCGGCCGCCCAGCUACAGAUUGGAAUGGGAAUUCCACUUUACCGGCUUAAGGACAUCCGUCUACUGUACGGAGAGUCCCCAUGGGGCUCCUCUGUCAUUGAUUUUGAAACUCCGCCUAACAAACCGCGUCCCUCCGGACAUGUCAUCGCUGCUCGUAUCACCUCAGAGAAUCCUGACGAGGGCUUCAAGCCCAGUUCUGGUACUGUGCAGGAGCUAAACUUCCGGUCCAGCAAGAACGUGUGGGGCUACUUCAGUGUGGCCGCCAGUGGAGGAUUGCACGAAUUUGCUGACUCACAAUUUGGACAUUGUUUCUCCUGGGGAGAAAAUCGUCAGCAGGCUCGUGAGAAUCUUGUAAUUGCGCUUAAGGAGCUUUCCAUUCGUGGUGAUUUCCGUACCACCGUCGAGUACCUGAUCACUCUGUUGGAGACAAAUCGUUUCUUGGACAACAGCAUCGACACCGCUUGGUUAGAUGCUUUGAUUGCAGAGCGCGUCCAAUCGGAGAAACCGGAUAUCCUUUUAGGAGUAAUGUGUGGAUCCCUGCACAUUGCUGAUCGUCAGAUCACCGAGAGCUUCUCCAGCUUCCAAACCUCGCUGGAGAAAGGUCAAAUUCAGGCGGCCAAUACGCUGACCAAUGUCGUGGAUGUGGAGCUAAUCAACGAUGGCAUCCGUUAUAAGGUGCAGGCCGCCAAAAGUGGUGCCAACUCUUAUUUCCUGCUGAUGAACAGUUCGUUCAAGGAGAUCGAGGUGCACCGACUCUCUGACGGUGGCCUGCUUAUCUCUUUCGAGGGUGCCUCCUACACCACCUACAUGAAGGAGGAGGUGGAUCGCUACCGCAUUGUGAUUGGCAACCAGACUUGUGUCUUUGAAAAGGAGAAUGAUCCCUCCCUUUUGCGCAGUCCUUCAGCCGGAAAGCUCAUCAAUAUGAUUGUGGAAGACGGCGCCCAUGUGGCAAAGGGCCAGGCAUUUGCUGAAAUUGAGGUCAUGAAGAUGGUGAUGACUUUGACGUCUCAGGAGGCUGGUACAGUGACAUUUGUACGCCGUCCGGGAGCGGUUCUGGAUGCAGGAUCCCUGCUGGGACAUUUGGAGCUGGACGAUCCGUCGCUGGUGACGAAAGCGCAGCCGUUCAAGGGCCAGUUCCCACAGCCGGAGAAUGCACCGGUACCGGAAAAGUUGAACAGAGUGCACAAUACCUACAAGAGCAUCCUGGAGAACACACUGGCUGGAUAUUGCUUGCCAGAGCCGUUUAAUGCCCAGAGGCUAAGGGACAUCAUUGAGAAAUUCAUGCAGAGUUUGCGGGAUCCCUCGCUGCCGCUGCUAGAGUUGCAGGAGGUUAUUGCCUCCAUAUCGGGUCGCAUUCCGAUCUCAGUAGAGAAGAAGAUCCGAAAGCUAAUGACGCUCUACGAGCGGAACAUUACCAGUGUGCUGGCCCAGUUCCCCUCGCAACAGAUUGCUAGUGUGAUCGACAGCCAUGCAGCUACUUUACAGAAACGCGCUGACCGAGAUGUGUUCUUCCUGACCACCCAAAGCAUUGUACAAUUGGUGCAGCGCUAUCGGAAUGGAAUCCGUGGCAGAAUGAAGGCUGCCGUACAUGAGCUUCUGCGCCAGUAUUACGACGUGGAAUCGCAGUUCCAGCACGGCCAUUACGACAAGUGCGUAGGCCUAGUGCGAGAGCACAACAAAGACGACAUGCAGACAGUGGUCAACACCAUCUUCUCGCACUCUCAGGUAGCCAAGAAGAAUCUACUGGUCACGCUCCUAAUAGAUCACCUCUGGGCCAACGAACCUGGACUGACCGACGAAUUGGCCAACACACUCAGUGAGCUGACCUCCCUAAACCGAGCGGAACACUCAAGGGUGGCGCUGCGAUCCCGUCAAGUGCUGAUCGCUGCCCACCAGCCGGCCUAUGAGCUGCGCCACAACCAAAUGGAGUCGAUAUUCCUAUCGGCCGUUGACAUGUACGGCCAUGACUUCCACCCCGAGAAUUUGCAGCGCUUGAUUCUGUCGGAAACCUCGAUCUUUGACAUCCUGCACGACUUUUUCUAUCACUCCAACCGAGCUGUGUGCAAUGCCGCUCUGGAGGUUUAUGUAAGAAGAGCUUACACCUCCUAUGAGCUGACCUGCCUGCAGCAUCUGGAGCUCUCCGGUGGUUUGCCGCUGGUGCACUUCCAGUUUCUCCUUCCCACCGCCCAUCCGAAUAGGCUGUUCUCACGCAUGUCCUCCCCCGAAGGAUUAGAUCAGGCAGCAGCUGAAUCCUUAGGAAGCUCAUUUGUACGCACCGGUGCGAUUGCGGCUUUCGACUCCUUUGAACACUUUGAGAUGUACUCAGAUGAGAUUUUGGACCUACUCGAGGACUUUGUCUCGCCAGCCAUGGUGAACGCUAAAGUGUUGGAGGCUGUGGAAGCUGCGGAUUCCAUCUCGGACAGCCGACACAGCACCUCGAUUAAUGUGUCUCUUUCGGAUCCUGUGACCCGUGCAAACGCUGCUGAAGAAGCCAAGUCCACGGAACCUAUUCAUAUUGUAAGUGUGGCCGUCAGGGAAACGGGAGACUUAGAUGACCUGCAGAUGGCUCAAAUCUUUGGGCGUUAUUGUGAGGAGCACAACGAGGAGCUCUUCCAGAGACGUAUCCGUAGGAUUACCUUUGCCGCUCUUAAGAAGAGACAAUUCCCGAAGUUCUUCACUUAUCGAGCCAGGGACAAGUUCACGGAGGAUCGUAUUUACCGUCAUCUGGAGCCAGCUUCUGCUUUCCAUCUCGAAUUAAAUCGUAUGAAGACUUACGAUCUUGAGGCUCUGCCCACAGCUAACCAGAAAAUGCACCUAUACCUUGGUAAGGCCAAGGUAUCCAAGGGGCAGGAGGUGACAGACUACCGGUUCUUCAUUCGCUCGAUCAUCCGUCACUCAGAUCUGAUUACCAAAGAAGCUUCUUUCGAGUAUCUGCAGAAUGAAGGAGAGCGUGUGUUACUUGAGGCCAUGGAUGAGUUGGAGGUAGCCUUCUCACACCCACAUGCCAAGCGCACCGACUGCAACCACAUUUUCCUGAACUUUGUGCCCACUGUCAUAAUGGACCCGGCUAAGAUUGAAGAGUCAGUGACAAAGAUGAUCAUGCGAUAUGGCCCGCGUCUUUGGAAGCUGCGUGUGUUGCAGGCCGAACUCAAGAUGGUCAUCCGUCAGUCGCCGCAGUCGCCCACUCAGGCAGUGCGCCUUUGCAUUGCGAAUGACUCUGGCUACUUCCUAGAUAUUUCCAUGUACACGGAGCAAACGGAACCAGAGACAGGAAUCAUAAAAUUCAAGGCGUACGGAGAGAAGCAAGGAUCUCUGCAUGGCCAUCCAAUCUCCACGCCCUACAUGACAAAGGACUUCCUGCAGCAGAAGCGAUUCCAAGCGCAGUCAAACGGUACCACCUAUGUUUACGAUGUGCCCGACAUGUUCCGCCAGAUGACUGAACGUCACUGGAGGGAGUUUUCAAAGGCUCGUCCUACGGUGGAUAUCCGCAUUCCCGACAAGAUCCUAAUCGAAUGCAAGGAGCUCGUUCUCGAAGGCGAUAGCCUUGUUGAGAUGCAGCGUCUACCCGGCGAAAAUAAUUGUGGCAUGGUGGCUUGGAGCAUUGUCCUUGCAACUCCUGAAUAUCCGAAUGGCCGUGAGAUUAUUGUAAUAGCCAACGACCUUACUUACCUGAUUGGUUCCUUUGGCAUCAAGGAGGACGUACUGUUCGCCAAAGCCUCCCAGUUGGCCCGUCAACGUAAAGUGCCCAGGAUUUACAUCUCCGUUAACAGCGGUGCCCGCAUCGGACUUGCUGAGGAGGUGAAAGCGAUGUUCAAGAUCGCAUGGGAGGAUCCAGAGGAGCCCGACAAGGGCUUUAAGUACCUUUAUUUGACCACCGAGGAUUACGCCCAGGUGGCCAAUCUGAACUCGGUGAGGGCCAUCCUGAUCGAAGAUGAGGGUGAGCAGCGUUACAAGAUCACCGAUAUCAUCGGCAAAGACGACGGACUGGGUGUGGAGAACCUGCGGUACGCUGGUUUGAUUGCCGGUGAGACGUCGCAGGCUUAUGAUGAGAUCGUGACCAUCGCAAUGGUCACCUGUCGUACAAUCGGUAUUGGAUCGUAUGUGGUGCGUCUGGGCCAGCGCGUCAUUCAAAUCGACAACUCGCACAUCAUACUCACAGGAUACGCUGCCCUCAACAAGUUGUUGGGUCGUAAAGUGUAUGCCUCCAACAAUCAAUUGGGUGGCACCCAGAUUAUGUUCAACAACGGAGUCACCCAUAAGACUGAGGCCAUCGAUCUUGAUGGUGUCUACACCAUCCUUGACUGGCUCUCGUACAUCCCUGCCUACAUUGGUUGCGAAUUGCCCAUUAUUCUGCCUAGUGAUCGCAUCGACCGGCCUGUGGACUUCAUGCCCACAAAGUCGCCGUACGACCCUCGUUGGAUGCUCGGAGGCCGCGUGAAUCCCGUGAAUGCAAAUGACUGGGAAAACGGAUUCUUUGAUCGAGACUCCUGGAGCGAAAUCAUGGCGCCGUGGGCCAAGACAGUUGUCACCGGACGUGCUCGUUUGGGCGGUGUCCCCGUGGGCGUAAUUGCUGUUGAGACACGCACCGUGGAAGUGGAGAUGCCCGCUGAUCCCGCCAAUCUAGACUCGGAAGCCAAAACGCUACAACAGGCGGGUCAAGUGUGGUAUCCGGACUCCUCAUACAAAACGGCACAGGCAAUCAAGGACUUCUCGCGAGAGGAGCUGCCACUUAUUGUGUUUGCCAAUUGGCGUGGCUUCUCCGGAGGCAUGAAAGAUAUGUACGAGCAAAUCGUCAAAUUUGGGGCGUAUAUUGUCGAUGGACUGCGAGAGUACAAGAAGCCGGUGCUCAUUUACCUGCCGCCCAAUGCUGAGCUGCGAGGUGGAGCCUGGGCUGUGCUGGAUUCUCUCAUUAACCCGCGAUACAUGGAAACUUAUGCUGAUCCGGAAGCCAGAGGAGGAGUGCUUGAACCGGAGGGCAUUGUAGAGAUUAAAUAUAAAGAGAAAGACCUGGUCAAGACAAUACACCGCUUGGAUCCCACCACAAUUGCGCUGAAAAAGGAAUUUGAUGACGCAAAUGCAUCUGGCGACAAGGUUAAGGCUGGUCAAGUAGACGAGAAAAUCAAGGCUCGACUCGCUGUCCUUAUGCACGUUUAUCACACGGUGGCAGUUCACUUUGCCGACCUACACGACACACCAGAACGGAUGCUGGAGAAGGAGUGCAUUAGUGAAAUUGUUCCUUGGCGCGAUUCCCGUCGCUGGCUUUACUGGCGUCUGCGUCGUCUCCUUUUGGAGGAUGCGUACAUCAAGAAGAUCCUGCGUGCUCAGGAUAACCUCUCUGUGGGUCAGGCCAAACAGAUGCUGCGACGCUGGCUGGUAGAGGAAAAGGGAGCCACAGAGGCUUAUCUGUGGGACAAAAAUGAGGAAAUGGUUUCUUGGUAUGAAGAGCAGAGCAAUGUCGAAUCUAUUGUUUCCCGCAACGUAAAUUCCGUAAGACGGGACGCUAUUAUUUCUACAAUUUCCAAAAUGCUCGAGGACUGUCCCGACGUAGCGCUGGACGCUGUGGUGGGUCUCUGCCAGGGACUGACGCCCGUAAAUCGGGGCGUGGUCGUACGCACACUAGCUCAGAUGCAGCUGAACGAGGAGUCUUCUAACAGCACCCAGGGAUGAUUCUACGCUAGGUUCUAAGUUCAUUCUAGGCCCCUAUCUCACCCCUUCCCGUACCCGCCUUUUCCCACAUUUCUCAUACCCCUUUUACGCUUGUAAAAUAUCGCAGAGCUUGCACGACAUGCAUAUUGUUUAGUUGAAUUUGUUUAAACGUAAUUAGCCUAAAUCUAGUUAUGUAUUGGAGUUGUAGGCAUGGGUAGAUGUUGCCUAAGUGGCAAAACUAGUAGACUAGUUGUAUCGUGUACAUACUUGAUUAUGUAUAUCCCUUGAAUACAAAACAUUCCAUUAGUUGUCUAAGAACUAAAGUCCUUUGUACACAGAGCUUUUUGAAUUAUAUGAGUUACUGAAAAUAUAUAUAUGGUACAAUACAUUUUUUAAAAUCGCUGGAUGGCAAUAA